GAAAGAAAAAAAUUAAACUACUCUUACAUAUUACGUAAAAUUACCGUCGAAUUUUCUUGGCGAAAUAUGGCAUCAUCUCCUUUGAAAAAUAAUUUUAGGAAAUUUCUAGUCCAUGUGGUUUUUUAAUUCAAAAUAUAAUAUAAAUAUCUUUUGAAAUUUUUCUGAUUUUUUGAAUUGAGAAAUGUGUAAGACUUUUAUUAAGUCAAAGAUUUUAUAAAUCGAAACAAUAUUUUAUUAAAUUUUUUAAAACAUUAUUUUUAUUUUAUUUUUUUUAAACAUUCAAUUUAUUUAUUUUUAUUUUUAUUUUGUUCGUUAAAUUAGCGUUUUCCUUAAUGUCUUCUCAAGGUGAUACUUCUUCAACUAUCACUAAAAAUGGGAUACUCGAACUCUUGAAUAACGUCCCAUUUCCCCCAGUACAUCUGAAUCUGAAUCAAAUUCUGAAAACUAAACCGCAUCGUCGAAAAUCUAAAGAUACUGAUACACAAAAACGUACCAUUAAUUCUUUCUUGUUAUAUCGUAAAGAGUGUAUUGAAUAUCUUAAAACUCAAAAUAUUGAUAAUAUGAGUAAUUUGAAACAAAAGGAAUUGUCCCAAUCAAUUGCAAAUUCUUGGAGUGGUCAAUCCAAGCGCGUUAGAGACUUUUAUAAAAAUCUCGCCGAUGAAGCAAAAAAGCUUCACAAGAUAAUCUCUCCGCAAAUUCAAAUACGUUUAUAUAACCCUAAAUCUAGUAGCGGCGAAGAGAACAAAGAUGAUUUUAUUCAGACUGACAGCGAAGACUCCCCGCAAGAUAUUAAAAACGAUAAUUUCGCUUUCGCCUCGAAUGAAAUUGACCCUAUUAUUGAAAAUCAUAAUCUUGAUGAGUCUUACACUGAUUGGUUUGCUAUACUUUCGGAUAUCGAUAAUAUCAAUAAUUAUAACGUCAACUCUUUUGCUCCGUUAGCAACUAAAGUUGAUGAUUCAUCAUCGUUCCAAAAUCAAUUAUGUGAUUUUUACAAUUCGCAUUUAACUUACAAUCAAAAUUUAUAUUUUUAUCAUUUAUGCAAACUUUGUUUUCAAUAAUAUUAUGACUACGAUUUUUUCUUUAAAUUUAGGGGAUAUUAAGAAAAUUUUAAAUUAAGCUAUUUUUUUCUUUUAUGCACAUAUGUAUAUUAAGUAUAUGCUUUUUAAGGUUAAUGGUAAUGUCAUCAAAAUUAUAGUUAAACAAUGAUUCAUUUAAUUCGUAUUUAUAACUAUAUCUAUAU